CACUAGCAAUUGAACGAGCUGUUGCUAUUGAUUCAGUCUUAAGGGCAAGCAAAAUUUGUCAAAAAGUUUUUCAAAACCUUGCGACGAGUGAUACUGUUAUUAAGAAGGAUAGAUCACCUGUUACGGUUGCUGAUUUUAGUGCUCAAGCAGUGAUAAGCAAAAUUUUAUAUGAAUAUUUUCCAAAUGAUCCUAUUGAUAACGGAAAAGAACUGAGAAAUAAAGUCUUAUCAUUGGCUAACACUGUACUAGAUACUCCCUUGAAUGAUAAUGAGGCUG